AUGCUAACCGAGCUGUGGAAUGGGCCCCCAGGCGUGGAGAGGCCCCCCAGGGCGUCGGCAAGCAAGGGUCAGAAGCGAGCGACGCGCAGGCUUAGGCUAACCACGUGCCGGCAAGCGGCGUUGGACUGGGCCUGCCUUCAGCAACCGGACUGGUGGAGCUCCCCGUGGACAAAUAUCUACGCGGAGGAGCCGUGGCAGCCUGCCGUGAUGUGCGAGAAGGGGCGAGAGGCGUGCGUGCGAGAAGGGCUAGCAGCGACUGCCACUGUAGAAGAGGCGAAGCUGGAGCCCACCAUCGCUAACCAUUUCCCGUCGCUCCUCGCCGCCACGGCUGGAUCUGAGAAAAAGGAUCGCGAGAAAGCUGGCGAGGCGAAGAUAGAGCCAGACGCGACCAGCUACAGCUCAGAGAUCGGGGCAUGUGAGAUGCGGCGAGAGGCGCGCGUGCGAGAAGAAGGGCGAUCAGCGGCUGCAACUGUAGCGGAGGCAAAGCUGGAGCCCAACAUCACUGGACACUCCCCGUCGAGCCUCGUCGCCACGGCUGGAGCUGCGAAGGCGAAGCUGGAGCCCAAUAUCGCUGGUCAUUCCCCGUUGCAGUGGAGCUGGCCCUGGUCAGCACUGUUGGCGUGCGUGCAGAGGGAGAAGGCACGGGAGGCCGACACUAGCAGCAACAGCAUUGCCGUGGUCUGCAAGAAGGGGCGAAAGAACUACUGCUUCGCCAUGCGCCACACGCUGAGGGAGCAGAGGUUCAAAGCGAAGUUCGAGGACGGCGCAGAGGAGAAAGUCGAGAAGGCAGUCCAGGACGCCCUCGACUGGCUCGCCAAGAACCAACUCGCCGAGCAGGACGGGUUCGAGAGCAAGCGGAAGGAGCUGGAGGGCAUUGUCAACCCCCUCGUGCAGCAGCCGCUGGUCUGA